GGGGCUCGGUUUGAGUGACAGCUCCAUUCUACCAAUAGCGAAGAGACUCAGAAUAGCAACGGUCCAAUCAGGAGCAGGUGGGCGUGAGCGAAGGAUUAGUGAGAGAUCGCGCUGUAUUGAACUGGAUGCUGAUAUCUUCAUAUUAUACUGUCUAGAAUAACGCACAAGUGUCGCAAUGGUGUCGCACUCGCUGGCUUUACCGAUGAUCUGUUUCACCACGCUGUGGGGUCUGGUCGGGAUUGUGGCCCCGUUUUUUGUACCGAAAGGACCAAACAGAGGGGUAAUCAUAACCAGUUUGGUGCUCACCGCUGUUUGCUGCUAUUUAUUCUGGUUAGUAGCGAUACUAGCUCAAGCAAAUCCUCUAUUUGGACCUCAGCUUAAAAAUGAGACCAUAUGGUAUCUGCGCUACUUCUGGGAGUAGAUGGAGCAGGUGUCAAAGAUUCUGAAUCUCAUCAGGCUUUUUUCUUUUAAAUGUCACUAUUAUAAUCAGUAAUACCCACAAAAUAGUGAAGGAUCGACUCCAAGAGAACACCAUUUGUGUGACGAAACAAGUUGCAACA